GUGACUCAUGUGUGUGUGGCCCUCGUGUGCCUGUAUGCACUCUUAACAUCUAGCCAUGCUCCUGAUGAGUCAGUGGAUAUUGUCCUGGGGAAUCUCCUCCCAGACCUGGAUCAGGGCAUCAUUGAGCUCCUGGACAGUUUGUAGUGGUACCUGGUGGCGUCAGAUGCCCUGAUACAUAAUGUCCCAUAGGUGUUUGGUUGGAUUUAGGUCAGGGGAACAUGCCUUCAUCAUCCAGGAGAUGCCUACACACUCCUGCCACAUGAGGCCGGGCAUUGUCCUGCACCAGGAGGAACCCAGGGCCCACUGAACCAGCAUAAGGUCUGACCUCGGUUUGAAGGUAUUUCCUUCAGUCUGGUCAGAAACAUGCACAGCAGUAGCUUCUGAAGGUUAUUCUGUGGGGCUGUCACAGGGCUGCUCCUGUUUCUCCUUGCACAAAGGAGCAGACACCGGUCCUGCUGGGUUGUUGCCCUUCUUCUACACUGUCCAGCUCUCCUGGAGUAACGGCCAAUCUCCUGGUAUCUCCUCCAUGCUCUUGAGACUCUGCUGGGAGACAAAGGAAACCUUCCUGCGACUGCACGUAUGGAUGUGCCAUCUUGGAGUAACUGGACUACCUGUGCAACCUGACUGGGCUGCAGAGCCUGCUGUCAUGGCUCAAUACCUGAGGUUUUUCACCACUGUGGGUGAUCAGCAGCCAGGUCAAUGGGACGAAGAAGAGCUGCACGUGGCCAGCGAGGAGUUGAGUCCGGCCACAGGACAGUUUACAACGCUGACCUUCAGGGACGCACUGAAGAGACUCUACGGCUCAAAUCGAUUCCAGGUGGUGGUGGUGUGUCUGAUAAUCCUGGAUGCAUUCUUUGUUCUGGCAGAGUUGCUUAUAGAUCUCUCUGUUAUCAAGUUGGAACACAACCAUGUUGCUCCUCAGGUGUUUCAUUACUUGAGCUUGGCUCUCCUCACAUUCUUCAUGGUGGAGCUGGCUGGUAAGCUGUUUGCUUACCGCUUGGAGUUCUUCCAGCACAAGUUUGAGGUGUUUGAUGGCAUAGUGGUGGUGGUGUCCUUCGUGUUGGACAUUGUCCUUGUCUUCCACGAGGACGCCUUUAAUGGACUGGGUCUCCUGAUCCUGCUGCGACUCUGGAGGGUGGCCAGAAUUAUCAACGGUAUCCUGGUUUCAGUGAAAAAUCGUGCCGACCAGAAGAUCCACAAGCUGAAGGAGAGCUACGACCACCUCGUUCAAAGAGCCACAGAGCUACAGGAGCGCACUGAUAAACUGGAACAAGAGAACCAGAAACUUCAAGACCUCCUGAGGAAGCAUGGCAUAGACUUCUAACUCAUCAAGAAAAUUGCUGUGGAGCAACUGUU